AUGGCCGCAGGGGUCGAAGCGGCGGCCGAGGUGGCGGCGACGGAGCCCAAAAUGGAGCGGGAGAGCGGCGGCGGGCGGCGACGGGGCUCCGGGCCGGAAGGUGAAGGAGAACGACCUACUCAGCAUGAGAAGAGGAAGGAGAAAAACAUAAAAAGAGGAGGCAAUCGCUUUGAGCCAUAGGCCAAUCCAACCAAAAGAUACAGAGCCUUCAUUACAAACAUACCUUUUGGUGUGAAAUGGCAGUCACUUAAAGACCUGGUUACAGAAAAAGUUGGUGAGGUAACAUACGUGGAGCUCUUGAUGGACGCUGAAGGAAAGUCAAGGGGACGUGCCCUUGUUGAAUUCAAGAUGGAAGAGAGCAUGAAAAAAGCUGCUGAAGUUCUAAACAAGCAUAGUCUGAGUGGAAGACCACUGAAAGUCAAAGAAGAUCCUGAUGGUGAACAUGCCAGGACAGCAAUGCAAAAGGCUGGAAGACUUGGAAGCACAGUCUUUGUAGCAAAUCUGGAUUAUAAAGUUGGCUGGAAGAAACUGAAGGAAGUUUUUAGCAUGGCUGGUGUGGUGGUCCGAGCAGACAUUCUAGAAGAUAAAGAUGGGAAAAGUCGUGGAAUAGGCACUGUUACUUUUGAACAGUCCAUUGAACCUGUACAAGCUAUAUCUAUGUUUAAUGGCCAACUGCUAUUUGAUAGACCAAUGCACGUGAAAAUGGGUGAGAGGGCCUUGCCAAAGGGGGAUUUUUUCCCUCCUGAACGUCCUCAACAGCUUCCCCAUGGACUUGGUGGUAUUGGCAUGGGGUUAGGACCAGGAGGGCAGCCUAUUGAUGCCAAUCACCUGAACAAAGGCAUUGGCAUGGGAAACAUAGGGCCCGCAGGAAUGGGAAUGGAAGGCAUAGGAUUUGGAAUAAAUAAAAUGGGAGGCAUGGAGGGACCCUUUGGUGGCGGUAUGGAAAACAUGGGUCGGUUUGGAUCUGGGAUGAACAUGGGCAGAUUAAACGGUGGAGGUGGAAGCAGUGUCCCCGGGAUCGAGAGGAUGGCCCCUGGCAUUGACCGCAUUGGGGGUGCUGGCAUGGAGCGCAUGGGCGCAGGCCUGGGCCACGGCAUGGAGCGCGUGGGCUCUGAGAUCGAGCGCAUGGGCCUGGUCAUGGACCGCAUGGGCUCCGAGUGCAUGGGCUCCGGCAUCGAGCGCAUGGGCCAGACCAUGGAGCGCAUAGGGUCUGGCGUGGAUCGCAUGGGUGCCGGCAUGGGCUUUGGCCUCGAGCGCAUGGCCGCACCCAUCGACUGUGUGGGCCAGACCAUUGAGCGCAUGGGCUCUGGUGUGGAGCGCAUGGGCCCUGCCAUCGAGCGUAUGGGCCUGGGCAUGGAGCGCAUGGUGCCCGCAGGCAUGGGGGCUGGCCUAGAGCGCAUGGGCCCUGUGAUGGAUCGCAUGGCCACCAGCCUGGAGCGCAUGGGCGCCAACAGUCUGGAGCGCAUGGGUCCUUCCAUGGGCCCGGCCCUGGGCGUUGGCAUUGAGCGCAUGGGCCUGGCUAUGGGUGGUGGUGGCGGUGCCAGCUUUGACUGCGCCAUUGAGAUAGAGCGUGGCAACUUCGGAGGAAGCUUCACAGGUUCCUUUGGUGGAGCUGGAGGCCAUGCUCCCGGGGUGGCCAGGAAGGCCUGCCAGAUAUUUGUGAGAAACCUCCCAUUUGAUUUUACAUGGAAGAUGCUAAAGGACAAAUUCAACGAAUGUGGCCACGUGCUGUAUGCCGACAUCAAGAUGGAGAAUGGGAAGUCCAAGGGGUGCGGUGUGGUUAAGUUUGAGUCGCCAGAGGUGGCUGAGAGAGCCUGCCGGAUGAUGAAUGGGAUGAAGCUGAGUGGCCGAGAGAUUGAUGUUCGAAUCGAUAGAAAUGCUUAAGCAGUUGCCUUUUUUAAACAUCGAUACCAGAUCUCUGAAUUUGUAUUUUUUCUUGUUAACCAUUUUAAUUUGUUGGCUGGAUGUAAAAAGAUGUUUAAAAAAUUCAGUUGCUUUUUGGGGUAAUUUGAAUUACUUUUUUAAUGACUGGGGUUCCAUUUGACUGUUUGCAUUGAGAUUGCAAUGUGCGCAAUUUUUUUUGCAGUUGUGGCAUCUUG